AUGGACGAGCUGGGGCCCCUACAGCUUCAGGAUCAGAGACCCUUCCCUCAGCCCACCUCCCAGUUGAAGGAGAAGGAGAGCCAGGGCCCUCUUCAAGCAAGGCAGCUAGAGAAGAGAGCAGCGGUAAAGAGGCAGAGGCAAAGAACAGUGACAGCUGCACAGAUGAGGAGGAGGAAGAGGUUCCAUGAUGAGACCUCAGAAAAAACAGAGGCGCGUGAUGCGGCGCAAACUUUAGCGACUUCCCGUCGGCCGCAUGACUCCCGAAGCAGAAGCCAGCGGGACAACACGUCUGCACGCCUGCCCUGCACGGAGCUGUGCGCCCUGCACGCAGAGGGAGGACUGGGGAGAGGAUCAAGAAGCGUGUCCGCCCUGCAAGGAGAGGGAGCACUGGGGAGAGGACCAAGAAGCAUGUCCGCCCUGCACGCAGAGGGAGGACUGGGGAGAGGACCAAGAAGCAUGUCCGCCCUGCAAGGAGAGGGAGGACUGGGGAGAGGACCAAGGAGCACGUCCGCCCUGCACGCAGAGGGAGCACCGGGGAGAGGACCAAGAAGCACUGCUCUGGCCAUGUCGCUUGCCAUGGUAGUGGGUCCUGACCGACUUCCUGCAGAUGAGGAGUCACAGGAAACACUGAAAGGGAAACUCCGCAUUCUGCAGGCUGACAACACAGAGGUCAACGCUCUAUUCAGGGAGCUGUCAGCUCAUCUCCUUUCCAUCAGCAGUGAAGAAAGCAUCAUCUAUGUGACAUUCAAAACAUUUGAAGAAAUAUGGAAGUUCACAACAUAUUAUGCAUUAGGUCUCCUGGGUCACUGCAUGGAGAGUCUGCUGCUGGAGCAGACCUUCUGGCUCACCUCUCUGGACAAGGACAUGGGUAUAGAAGUAUCAGUCCAGGAAGACACACUCAACCUCAUGUAUAAAGGCAUCCUCAUGCAAAGUGGUUCAUUAUUUGGCAGCAGUAGCACCAAUCAGAUGUUUGACAGCUCCACAUGUGGCGGUGAUGUGUACCUGGAGCGAGGGGACAUAGCCCAGUUUGAGCCACCACUAGUGGACUCGGAGUGGACCUUACUGUGUCUGUCUGACGGAGCCCGGGGCAGAAAACUCAAACCUGCCCUACAGCCUGUUGCCCCCUUCCACCAAUGGUUUCUGAAGUCAUGUGCAGAAAGAAUGCUAGUGGGCAGUGGGAGGCCUACCUGUGACUUCCCUCUACAGUUCGCCCGAGGAGGCUGCCUGGCCAUCGCAGACUACGAUGCCGAGGGGCCAGACGAGCUGAGCUUCUUAUCCGGCGAUCACAUUAUCAUUGUGGGAGUCAUCGUUUCCUGUUUCAGCUGGUUCCUCGGGCGGAUGGACGCAACGGGAGUGGUGGGGUUGGUCAAGACAAGCCUGGUGAAAGCAGCCAAUGACAUUUGUGAGUCAGCAGAUAUCUUUUUGGAAAAUGAGGAAAGGACAUUCUUUAAUCUGAAAGAGGAGCAUAUCAUCGAAGAGACAAUUGCCAUGCUGAAGAACACAUCUCAAAUUGAUAUUGGUCAAAUCUACAAGCUCGGUGAACCAGACAACAGUGUUACACGACCACUUGAACAUAAGAAGAUUAUUGAACGGAUUCUCAGCCAGCAGAGAGUACCAUCAAGCCAUUCUGUUGUGGCCACAAUUGGAACUCAAGAGGAUUUGAACCUGGAUACUAAGAAAUCAGAACUCAAGUCCCCCUGUUUCACUCUUCCCCUAGUUGUGGAGGGAAAUAACAACACAGAGAGCUAUAUUACCCUUCUCUCCUUUCUCAACGGCAGUCACUACAAACCAGAGUUUGGGGUAAUCUAUGGACCAACCUCAGAACUUCUCGCUUCCUCCAUCUUUGCUAACCAAGCGGAUGAGAACAAGCUAACAGCCUUUCUGGGUUCUGCCAGGGAAACCGCAAGGAAGAAGGGUCACUAUUGGUCACAAAGUCGUCUCUGCUACCUCCUGGGCAAGCUUUGUGCCUGGAGGUCAAGUUUCAGCAAGGCCAGAAUUUACUUGGAAGAAGCCCUCAGUGUGCCCCGAGAAGGAUUCACCGACAUGAAGCUGCUAGCGAGUAUCUACACGAACCUGGCAUUUGUAUAUCUUACACAGAAGAACCUAGAGAAGUACUAUGCUAUGGCUGAGCGAAUUGCUGCUUUGAUCAUGGGCAUCCAAGAGUCCAUGGCAAGCGUGGAGAAUGACUCGGAGGUUUUGAAAUACGUUGUAAUGAAAGCUGUACUGUCUCACAACAAGAUCGCUGAGGCUCGGGCCUGUUUUAUCUUGGCCAAGCACCACUGGAGGUGGGGUGAGAGUGUAAAUGCUGUGCCUUACAUUGAAAGACUCCUUGUUCUUUGCGGGGAACAUUCUAGAACAUGGAACAUCGCCACCAGCCACGGAUACCUGAGCCUUGGAAAGCUUUACAGUGAACUUUGUCUUCCUCACCUCAGUAUCAGUUCGGCAAGGAGAGCUUCCCUGCAGCCCUCGGCUAGCCUGAGUGACUGCCUCCAUGGGGUGGCCCUGGUUCUGGAGAACUCCACAAGACUAUACGGGAUCAGAGAGCAUGAAAUCUCCAUCCCAACUCAGGUAGCACCGCAACUACACCAAGCGCUCUCUUUCAUUGAGGGUGCUGAAGAUGGUCAAAAUGGAGAUGGAAGGAAGCAGUACUCUGCCUUGAGCCACACACUUGCGGUCUGUCUUUCACAGCUGUUUAAAAAACAUGAAAUGGUCGGACACGCUGUCCGCUCUGUGCAAACUCUCUUAACGCACUGGCCACCUUUCCCAAGCCUCUCUGUCUCAGAAAUAAACAGUGCCCUCAUCUGGCUCGGAUGGCUUUACAUCGGUAACAACCAGCCAGACAAAGCUCUGGAGGUCCUGGAGUCUGUUCUAGCCUCGAUGCCUGAACACUGCUCCUCCCCACAGGAAGGUGUGGUGCUCAACAUGCGUGGUGUGGCCCUUGGAUGCAUGGGUGACAUCCGGAGGGCGGCCGAGAGCUACCAGGCGGCUAUUGACAUCUGUGAAGAGCUUGAAGAACCAUCUAAUUGGGCCGUAGCUCAGGCUAAUUUAGGGUUGUUGUGUCUCAAGGCCGGGGCCAAAAGACUAGCAGAGAGACAUCUGCUCAAGGCGGUGGAGCUCUUCUCAGAGCUGGAUGAAGAGGGGCAUGAAGAGAACUUGAUCUCUGUGCUGCUUGUGCUGGGACAGCAUUAUGUGCAGCAGGGACAGCUGGAGGAUGGGAAGGGAUGCUAUGAGUGGGCUCUGCUCUUCGCUAUCAAAGUCAAACAUUCAGACUGCCAGCUGAGAGCGACACAGAGUCUCUGCCAGCUGUACAGGGUGGUGAAGCCGGACCAGGCUCUGUGUAUCCUCUACACUGAACACCAGCUCCGCCUGCUGAGGAGCAGAGGAGAUAGAGCUCAGGAGGGAGCCAUGAUGGAGACCAUCAGCCAGCUCUAUCUCAGUCUCCACACUGAGAGGGCAUAUCGGGCGGCCCUGGACUACACCAAGGGGAGUCUGGCUAUUUUCAUUGACCUGGGCUGCAGGGAGAAGGAGGCAUACAGCUGGCUGCAGGCAGGGAUGAUCUACCAGAUGCUGGGCCAGAAAGAACUGGUGGAUCUAUACAUUCAGGUGGCUCAGGACGUGGGUCUCGGUACAGGAGACACCAGCUUCAUACUGAAGCUGCUGGAGAUGGCGGGAGACGUCUUCUUCAACAGCGGCCAGGACAGAGACAAGGCUGUCUGCUUCUACGGGGACCGGGCGCUGCCCAUCGCAGUGAAGACUGGCGACACGAAGACCAGACUGAGACUGUGCAACAAGCUGGCAGAGCUGCUGCUCCGUCUGAAGCUCUAUGGACAGGCUGUGGAGUUUGCUCAGACCACCUUGGACCUCAGCAUCGCUCUAGGUGAGGAAGACUAA